AUGAAAGCGAGUGCGCACACAGGCGAAAGUGGUAAAUGUGAAACCAGAAUGAGAAAUUUGGAGGGGCGCGAGUGGCGCGAGGCUGCAGCUGGGUGGGAGCACGGAGUCCGCUGUGUACCGGUGCGGUGUGGUUGCGUCAACUGCGGCUCUCGCGGCCCUGUUGGCAGAGCGGCUGCGUAUUUCAAGCCGGGCUGCGCGCUGCACCGACCGCUUUGCGAAACCGUCGGUUAUGCAAGGCGUGCCGCUGCCAACUCGCGGUUACUCGUGUACCGCCGCGCCGGAAGGAAAAGUGGAACGCGGCGCAGUGGUGCGGCCGCGCGCGCCGCCUCUACACGCCCCGCGGACUCCAGUGAAGUGCCUCCUAGUGUCGUGUUAGUGUCGCUUCUAGAACGUUGGAAUUAUGUUGCGCAAGUCCUACGCCUACAGCGGGAUUAUUUUAAACUAGAUAAUUACAGGGGCCACGACCUCGAUCCUCGACUCGGGAGUCGGCCGCAACCCCCAGCGAUCUGUACAGCACGAUACAUAUCACGUGUUAAACAUACAUAA